AUGUCUGACCUGGUUGUCUCUACGCAGGUCGUGGCCGACGCGCCGGCCAAGAAGCCGCGAAAGCCACGCAGAAAAGCAAAGAUGACUGCUCCAGAAGACUCAACUGCGCAGCAGAAUGACAUCAAGUCACCCCAAGUCUUGCACGGAACCACAAACGUGAACCCAAAUACCAGCGCCUCCAAAAAGCCUGAAUCCAAACCUUCAAAACGCCAUGGCCCUUCAAAAACAGCCUGGCUCCUCAAAAACACUGGCAAAACCCUCUCCACAAUCUCCUGCUCCUCUCUCCUACCCUCCACAGUCCCCGUAACCUUCUCAACCCCCGCCACUCUCCUCUGCAGCUACAACUGGCUGCUUUCCGGUCAUGCAAUCCAUGUGCCCGGCAGGCCGCCAAAAUACACACCACCCCCGCUCCCACAUACCCUACGCCCCGACUCUGGCCUCCAAUACACGGACCAAAACGCUGCCCGCGUGCCCAAAUACCCCUUUGAACCCGCCUUCCGCGCCAUGGCCGUUAUGAACCCCACUCUCAAUCUCAGCGACGCCGAUAUCGUAUUGAACCGCAACAGUUUGCGCAAGUUGCUAGAUUUUGCGGGCGGAAAACGGCAAGAUCCCUUUCGAAUGCGUUUGUCUAUGCUGGGGCGCACGUUGUUCAUUGAGCGGAAUGAACGAUCUGCGAAGAUGAUGAUUCAUGGGAAGUCGGGGCCAGGAUAUGGACAUUCGUUCGAGCGGAUGUUUACAACACCUGGAGAGGGGUUGGAGGACAGUAGUAGUCAUCAUCGGGUUCUACGGUAUCAGCUGGGGAGUCUGGACUGCGUUGUGCGGUUUGAAGUGGAUGCACAUCUGGAGGAUGAGGACGGCCUCGAUGAAUCCGAGACAGCAAAAGAAGGCAACGAGCUUAUCGAAGGUAUUGCCCAAGCCAUGGAGAAAAUCGCUGUGAACCCCGCCACCACCUUCAACGCAAAAGGGAAAGCAAAAGCAACCCCCAAUACCAAACCCUCUCGCGCCACACAAGUCCUCCACACCGGCUCCCACAUUCCCCCCUGGACCCUGCUGGAACUGAAAACCCAAUCCCUCCUCAAAAACUCUUCUAUUUCCCACGCAACCCCGCAACUCUAUUUCGGCCGCACACCCAACCUCCUAGUCGGCGUGCACAGUGCCGGCACUAUAAUCUCGACCCGCCUCGUGAACACGGGCAUGACGUUCGCGACCUGGGAGGAUACGAAUCAGACGCGGUUGAGGAAGAUGGUGGGGUUGCUGGAGAAGCUGAGGGGGAUGAUGAAGCAGAUGCAAGGGGAGAGGGAGGCGGUGCUUGUUUGUGAGACGAAAGGGGGGGACGUGAGGGUUUUGGAGAGGAGGGGUGGGGGAGGGGGCGUGUUGCCCGAGGAGUUGGUUCAGAUGUUUUGGGGAAGGGAAUCCGUACGCGUAGUCGUACGCGAUAUCGUAAGUGUAUGCGGCAUCGAUCCCUCACCACUACUGCUACUACGUCCCCCUCUCGACACCCCGGCCUCACGCGAAGAACUCAGCGCCCCCGUACUCCGCCGCUCCGAUCGCCCCGAACUUUCCAGUCCCAAACCCAUCGAAGCUGCAGAACCCACUCCACUCUCUUUUACGGGGGGCUUCACCCCAGUCACCGCAUACUCAGUACUAGCCGUACCCGUCGUCACUGCGCUCUGCCCAGUUACCACACUGACCCGCACCCACGCACCCACGCCGCAUACCAGCGCCGCUACAAGCACCACCGCACAGAGCGCCGACACGCAGAGACGGCAUGGCCUGGACUUCGAUUUCCAGCGGCGCGGCGCGGGCUCCGGGCUCGGACUGGGGCUGGAGCGAGCGUGGUCAGAAGAGUAUAUGGAGGGUGAGAUGCUGACUUGA